AUGAUUCAGCCUUGCUUUCCCAGAACUAUUCUUAUCCCGUUCUUUCAGGCUUCUUUCCCUUCUUCCUUUACACCUCAUUUGUUCUCUAUAUUUUUCUUUUCUCGUCUUCUUAUCAUUCCAAUUCCCUCUGAUUCUUUUCUCUUUUUUGGUCCUACGACUAGGUGUCCUGUGCUUUUUAUGACCGGUGCUCUGGCUUCACACAACAAUAGCGUGAAGAACCUUUAUGAGGCUCUGCAGGCUAGCCUUAAAAACGAUCCGAUCCGGCGGACCAAGGUAGAACUCGUCCAAGUAGAUGGAGUUGCCAAUGUGAUGAGAGAACGAGUGAGUUAA